CUUCGCUGUCGGACAUGAAACCUCCCACUCAUCAUGUGUCUCUCUCCUCUUCAUGACUUCCUCCACGGGCUCCCCAAAUGCGAGCACCAUGUCCAUCUCGAGGGCUGUCUUACUCCGCAGUUGAUCUUCCAACUAGCGCAGCGAAAUAACGUCCAACUGCCCGAGGACAACCCAGCCUAUGACUCCAUCGAGGCCCUGACUCAACGCUAUCACCACUUCUCCUCGCUGGAUGACUUCCUCGGCUUCUACUUCCAGGGCAUGUCCGUCCUGCUCCACGAACAGGACUUUACCGACCUCGCCUGGUGCUACUUCCAAAAGGCCCACUCCGACGGCGUCCACCAUGCCGAGGUCUUCUUCGACCCCCAAGUCCACCAAGACCGCGGAAUCCCACUCGACACUGUCGUCGCGGGGUUUUCGGCGGGGUGUAAACGCGCAGAGAAGGAACUGGGUCUAUCUACCCGGUUGAUUCUGUGCUUUGUGCGCCAUCUCCCUGUCGCGUCCGCGAAUCAAUUGUACGACCAGAUGCUCGCACAGGAGUAUAUCGAAAAGGACAUCGUCCACGGCCUCGGAUGGUCAUCUACAGAAGUCGGUCCGCCCAAGGACAUGUACCGGGAGAUCUACGCCUCCGCCUCAUCCAAGGGGAUCCAGUUAACCGCGCACGCCGGCGAAGAAGGAGACCCGAGCUACAUCCACACCGCACUGGAACUGGGCGCGCAACGCAUCGACCACGGAAUCCGGCUCAUCGAAGAUGCAGAAUUAAUGGAGCGCGUUGCGCGCGAGGAGAUCAUGCUCACCGUGUGUCCGUUGUCGAAUGUGCGACUGCGGUGUGUGGAUUCGGUGGAUGAGGUUCCGAUUCGGCGGUUUCUGGAUGCGGGCGUCAAGUUCUCGAUUAAUAGUGACGAUCCGGCGUAUUUUGGGGGGUAUAUUCUGGAUAAUUAUUGUGCUGUUCAGGGGGCGUUUCAGUUGUCGAUUGGCGAGUGGAGGGGGAUUGCUGAGAGUAGUGUUAAGGCGAGUUGGAUUGAUGAUACACGGAAGGUGGAGUUGCUUGGGUUGAUUGAUGAGCAUGUUCGGAGGCAUGAGAAAUAGUUGUAUAUGAAUUAUGAGUGUCAGAUGUUUAGAUACCAAACAGUAUAUAUUAUGGAAUGAAUAUAUUGCAUCUAAGACAGAUGAUAUCCCCGCAUUGGGGGUUGGAGAUUGGGGAUAUCCCCAACAAUACAAAACAUCAAAAUCACAGCUCGCCAGGAAAAAAC